AUGUUAUUAUUAUCAUUAUUAUUAUUAUUAUUAUUAUUAUUAUUAUUAUUAUUAUUAUUAUUAUUAUUAUUAUUAUUAUUAUUAUUAUUAUUAUUAUUAUUAUUAUUAUUAUUAUUAUUAUUAUUAUUAUUAUUAUUAUUAUUAUUAUUAUUAUUAUUAUUAUUAUUAUUAUUAUUAUUAUUAUUAUUAUUAUUAUUAUUAUUAUUAUUAUUAUUAUUAUUAUUAUUAUUAUUAUUAUUAUUAUUAUUAUUAUUAUUAUUAUUAUUAUUAUUAUUAUUAUUAUCAUUAUUAUUAUUAUUAUCAUUAUUAUUAUUAUUAUAUUCCACAAAGACGUUUUUAUGA